AUGGGCUCGAAUGAUCAAAAGAAUAGACUCCAAGCUGUUUGUGUUCCUCCCAUUAUAUCCAGUCUUAGAGAAAAGACAAAUAAGCAGGACAUGAGAAAACUGAUUCACAGUUUCAAGGUUGGAAUAGCGCUGGUUUUGGUUUCAUUUCUCUACCUCCUGGAUCCUCUUUUUAGUCAAGUUGGAGAAAAUGCCAUGUGGGCUAUUAUGACUGUUGUGGUCAUCUUUGAGUUCUUUGCAGGUGCUACACUCAGCAAGGGCUUGAACCGUGGAAUUGGAACUAUAUUAGGAGGCGGACUCGGGUGUUUAGCUGCAGCUUUAGCUCAAGAAGUUGGUGGAAUUGGCAACGCCAUUGUCGUUGGCGCUUCUGUUUUUAUCUUUGCUGCAGUUGCAACGUAUGUGAGACAGGUUCCAAACAUUAAGAAAAGAUAUGACUACGGGGCAAUGAUAUUCAUCCUCACCUUCAAUCUAGUAGUGGUAUCUGGGAUACGUGCUGAAAAGGUCAUGAGAUUAGCACGUGAACGUCUCUCCACAAUUGGUAUGGGUUUUGUCACCUGCAUUUUUAUAAGCUUGCUUGUCUUCCCUGUCUGGGCUAGCGAUGAACUUCAUGACUCUAUUGCCUCCAACUUUGAACACCUCGCUCACUCUAUUGAAGGAUGCCUGGAAGAAUACAUUAAUGCUACUACUUUCACCAACGAAAAGGAAAACCAGCCUAGAGCAAAUUUUAAUAGAUGCAAAUCCAUCUUGAAUUCCAAAUCUAAGGAUGAGUCACUGGCAAAUUUCGCAAAAUGGGAACCAUGGCAUGGAAAAUUCGGGCUAUACUAUCCUUGGAUAAAAUAUUUGCAGAUUGGAGAACAUCUGAGAGAGUUGGCAGCAACUAUCCUUUCAUUGAAAGGCUGUCUUCAAUCCCAAAGACAGCCACCAACAGCUCAGAGAGAAAGAAUCAAAGAGCCAUGCGAGGCAGUUGGAUCGAUACUAACAUGGAGUCUAAGAGAGCUUGGAGAGAGUAUUUCAAAAAUGAGAAAAUGCCAUGCAGGAACGUCGAUAGUGCCAAAGUUGAAGUCAACGAGAGUAGAGAUAAGCUCGGUCUCAACUAAUUGCAAGGUAGAUCAUCAAGAUAUCGAUCAUGAAUAUCAGGAUAGUGGACUCGCGAUGGCAACCUUUGUGUUCAUAUUGAUGGAGAUUGUGGAAAAGGUGGAAGAAUUGGCGAAGGAGGUUGACGAACUUGGAAAGCUCGCUGGUUUCCGCACUCAUCAUGAAAUGGCUAAUUCGAUGUGUCCCUCCAGUACUGUAUGA